AUGGCCACCACAGAAGAGGAAUCAUUUAUGGUGGCAGCUCAUGUUGUUGAGCUAGUUUUAUUUGUCAUAUCUUGUUAUUUGAUUAUAUUGUUCUUGAGAGCUUUAUGCGAAGUCCAUUUGUUCAUGUACAAUCAAAAGUGCUACAUUAUCAACAUUUUUGUGGCGUGUUUGAUUGGGAUUGUCACAAAGUAAGAAAUGCUUUAGCUCUAAAGUCUUUCUCUUACCCUGAGCCCAAGCCUAUGCCUUAGCACAUGUGUGAGCUUGCUCUAGCCCUCUAGUUUAAGCUCUAGCUUAAUUACAAGCCCAAGCCUUACUCUAAGCUUAGCCUUAUCCCUAGUCCUAGCCUAGACCUAAAUCCUGGCCUUCGUUUGAGCUCCAGUCUACGUUGUGGCAUAAGCCUUAACCUGUGCGGUAGCCUGAUCCACAGCCGUUUGUCUCGACGUUACAUUAAAUUCUAAUCUAGGGGUUAGCCUAAGUCCUAGCCUUACUUUAAAUUCUAGCCUAAGUCGGCCUUUACUAGCUUGAACGUUACUGUUAGGUAUAACUCUAGCCCUUGUUCUAUUUCUCUUUACCCACGCCAUUUUCAGAUGUUUUCUCCGGUUAAAAAAUGCUGUAGACAUCUUCCCAGCCUUACUGGUUGAUAAUGUUCAAGGCGUUCAUGAUUUGUGCGUCAGUGUUCAUUUAAACAUGAUCUUUCAACUUAUGUCAUUCGCUGAUUGUUUUUACAGUACUACUCAAACCAAAGAUAUUAAUAAGAAAGCAAGUUGGAUUAUUUGCGGUCUUCUAGUAAGUUGUUACCUAAAAUUUUAGUUUAAGCUACGUAUGGUACUUUAUUUGCCCCAUAGUUGCUUUAAGCGUCCUAAGUUACAUUAAACUAGAAAUUCAUAUAUCUAUACAGUCACAUAUAAAAAUUUUGGAAAGCUACUACAAGAUAUCAAUAUACUAUAACAUAUUUUAGUGGAUUCUAUCGUACGGUUGGCCAAAACUAGUAGUAUAUAAUGUUAUGACAGCCAAAACUUCACUUACAAUUCAAUUUUUGUUAAAUUUUGUAUCAUGGCUUACUGUACUAGCAUUAAUAUUGAUGGGUCGAUACAAGUAUCGACUUCAUGCUGUCGGCAAUGUUCAGCAAACUUAUAGGGUAGGUUUUUUUACUUUGUAACGUAAAGUUGGCUAAAAAGUUUAAAAUUCCAAAAUAAAAAAUAGUUUAAAAUGGUAAUGUUUAGGUAUCAGUGAUGUUAAGAACCAUGAAUGUCCUAAAAGUCUUGGCCAUUUCAAGUGCUUUAAGGAACUUUGUACUAGCCGGGGUACUACUGUUGAAGACAUGGUAAGUAAUAUAGCCUUACUCAAGCCCUAAACCAAAACCCUAGCUCUAUCUCUAUUCUUGGCUAUAGCCCUAGUCUUAGCCCUAGCUUAGAGCCCGGACAAUUUUUUUGCUUUGCUAACUUUACCUUUUAUUAUCCUCAUCCUAGCCUUAUAGUUAGUUCUAGCCCACCCAUUCGUAAUACUUUUUAUUUUUAGUGGAGUAGAUCUUUACCACUUUGGAGACAUAACCUAUACCUACACAGUGGCCCUCUACCUUCUGCUUUGUCCAAUAUUUAUGGUCAAAGUUCAUGAAGAGUUGAACAAAAAAGUUUUCACAAAACGAGAAUCAAAUUCAUUAUUCCAAACAUCAACUAAUGAUGGCGCUUUUGUUGUACGAAAUGUUAUGGGUACGGCUUUAAGUGUGCCAAAUGAAAGGGAUCAUCAUUUUCAAGCAAUGACCAGCAGUUGGAAUACUGUGAAAAGUUCGGUGUUCAAGGAGAAACCUGUUCAUACAAUUAAGGUUAUUGAUUUGUAG